AUGGCGAAGGCACGUACUAAGAAGCGCACUCAUGUUCGCGCGCAAAAUGCUACGGCUGCUGCUGCCAAAGGCGGCGCCGCAUCUAUGAGCAAGACUCCGAAGUCGAUGGUUAUCCGUGUCGGCGCUUCAGAAGUUGGUGCUAGUGUCAGUCAGUUGGUCAAGGAUGUGCGAACGAUGAUGGAGCCGGAUACGGCUGUUAGAUUGAAGGAACGCAAAUCAAACAGACUCAGGGAUUACACGACUAUGACUGGUCCCCUUGGAGUCACACAUCUCAUGCUUUUCUCCAAGUCGGCGACUGGAAACACGAACAUGCGUUUGGCGCUUACGCCCCGUGGUCCGACAUUGCACUUCCAGGUCGAAAAUUACUCCCUAUGUCGUGAUGUUGAGAAAGCCUUGAAGCGCCCGAGAGGUGGUGGUCAGGAUCACAAGACGCCUCCUUUGUUGGUCAUGAACAACUUCAACUCCCCUAACGCCACUGAGGACUCUAAGGUACCUAAGCGUCUUGAAAGUCUCUCAACGACCAUCUUUCAAUCUCUCUUCCCCCCGAUCAACCCUCAAGCCACCCCCCUCUCUUCCAUUCGCCGUGUGAUGCUCUUGAACCGUGAACUCGCCCCCGAGGGUGAGGAAACCGAACACUAUGUGUUAAACCUCCGUCAUUACGCCAUUACUACGAAGAAGACCGGCGUUUCGAAGCGCAUUCGCCGCCUCGAUCCCAAGGAGAUUCGGAACAGGGAGAAGAAGGGUGCCGCUGUGCCCAAUCUGGGUAAGCUGGAAGAUGCCGCGGAUUAUCUGCUGGAUCCGUCGGCUGCUGGGUACACCUCGGCCAGUGAGACGGAAAUGGACACGGAUGCCGAAGUUGAGGUGGCGGAGAGCACCACGAAAAAGGUCCUCUCGAAGCGCGAACUGCAGCGCAUGAAGGCUGGAGAGAAGGAGAAGGCACAGAAGAAGCUGAGCAAUGCUCCGGGAGUCGAGAAGCGGGCGGUCAAGUUGGUCGAGCUGGGCCCUCGUAUGAAGCUCCGCCUGCUCAAGGUUGAAGAAGGUCUUUGCGAAGGUCGCGUCAUGUGGCACGAUUUCAUCAAGAAGUCUGAGGAGGAAGUUACUAAGUUGGACAAGAACUGGGAUCAGAAGAAGAAGGAGAAGGAGCAAAGAAAGAAGGAACAAAAGGCGAACAUCGAGAAGAAGAAGCAAGCUAAGGCUCAAGCUAAAGCCGAAGGUAAGGAGGUCGAAGACGACGACGAAGACGAUGUUGAUAUGGAUGAGGAAGAUGAAUGGCUCAGUGAUGACUUCGAAGAUGACAAUGCGGAGGAGCAGGAGAACGAUGAUGAGGACGAGGACGAAUCGAUGGAGGAGUAA